GGAAGCAGAUGACGCCCCCGUCAUCUGGACGCCACAUUUUUCAGCCUUGAUUAGAGUUUUGAGUACAGAAUUGCAACGAUAAGUUGGUGUCGAUUCCAGAAAUUUGAUUUGGCAGAAGACGGUAUGUUCUUCACUUCCUGAGAAAUCAAAUAGAACAACCACUAUAUUCUACUACUACUACUACUACUGAAAUCUGAACUUGUUUUAUUCAUGCGUGCAUGGUACUACCAUGGGGGAGAUACCAAAGCGCCGAGGAGACAUCUAGCGUCCAGAUUGACGUCAAGUGUGAUCAUCGGCUCUGACGAUUUUUGUAUAAAAUGCUCCGGUGACUCCGGUCUGCUGUGUUUUGCCGUGGCUGGACGGCUGAAGAAACGUACGGCAAAACCAAGCAGCUGUGGCCCGCAGCAAACCAGCUACCAUGGCGACAAAGCUGUUCCUCGCGUGCGUGGUUCUGCUCAGCGUAGCAAUGGCCGCGGCGGCGGCGAGGCCGGCGACGGCGACCGAUGACGACGCGCCAACGGGGAACUGCGACCAGGACCUGCAGGACCUGAUCGCCAACUGCCAGGACUACGUCAAGUUCCCGGCCGACCCCAAGAUCCCGCCGUCAUCGGCCUGCUGCGGCGUGAUCCAGAGGGCCAACAUACCGUGCCUCUGCUCCAAGGUCACCCCGACGGUGGAGACGUUCAUCUGCAUGGACAAGGUCGUCUACGUCGCCAGCUACUGCAAGAGGCCCCUCCAGCCAGGCUCCAACUGUGGAAGCUACCACGUUCCUGGUGGUUCGCUCCCUUGAUGCUCGUGUGUCGAAUAAGAACGAACGAUGCCAAUUAAUUUCCUCCCUACCUUAUGUAGCGUGUACAUCCUUCUGUUCUGUUCGCCUGUCCGCGAUGAGAGAUGUAGUCUGUGCCGUCAAACUGUCUCUGAAUAAGUUUGUUUUCAUGACAUGUAACGAACGUAUUUACGGGU